UAACAUACGACCACGUCAUCAUCGUCCAAGAUUUGGCGGUUGAUAGUGUCCACAGUUAUAUUCUCCUUCCCACCUCCCUACGCGACCCUCUUCUUUCCCCUCCACCUGCACACACACAAGAUGCCUGUGAAAGAAGCGGCGUUGAUGGGCUGCGGCGGCGGAGGAAUACCCCUCUGCUUGCGGCGUUUCAAUUCCCCUAGUUGCAGCUUCCUUAUCUCAUUAAAGCCACAAUUAGUAAAUCGAAGUGGUAUUCAACCCAACUUCUCGACUGCCUUCACCAAUCAACGCUCAUUUCUUGCCAAAACCCAUCAUCAUCCAAGACUCAGGUUCGUGCUCAGAGCCGCCGAGUCAACUCAGUCACCACCAUCCGCCACAGCAGGAACCGCCGGCAAAUCCAUUGUCCCCGAUGAAGAGUUUUCACUAGCCAAGGUCUCUUUUGGUGUCAUUGGAUUGGGCCUUGGAGUUUCACUUCUCUCUUAUGGUUUUGGUGCAUAUUUUAAUAUUCUCUCAGGAUCUGAAUGGUCUGCACUGAUGCUGACAUAUGGCUUUCCUCUAGCCAUCAUCGGCAUGGCUCUCAAGUAUGCGGAGCUUAAACCCGUGCCUUGCUUGACAUAUUCAGAUGCUCAGAUGCUGAGGGAAAAAUGUGCGACUCCAAUUCUCAAGCAGGUCAGAAGUGAUGUUACAAGAUACCGUUAUGGGGACGAGCAACAUUUGGAAGAAGCUUUAAAGCGAAUCUUCCAAUAUGGAAUGGGUGGAGGAAUUCCACGAAGGAGUGCACCAGUACUGCAAAUGAUUCGUGAAGAAGUUACGGAGGAUGGUAAAUACCGUUUAGUUUUGGUGUUUGAGGCGAAAGCCUUGCAGUUGUCAGAUUUUGAACAAAGACAGGCCAAAUUUACUUCUUUCUUUGGACCGGGGAUCACAGCCGAAGUUUCGAAGGGAGAAAAAGAUUUAUACGAGGUUCGGCUAAUUUCCAAUACAACAUUGUAGAUCUUUGUGAAACUUCUGCAAGUCUUUUGCAUGAAAUUUACAGUUUCAGAUCAUUACUGUAAUCUUCCUCAGGGAAAUCUGUACAUUUAUGUGACCCCAUUGUACAGUACUUUUUUAUUGAAUAUAACAGGAACAAACUUAUAACACUA